AUGGCUGCUCCUGUAUAUUUUAAAUACGUUCCUACUAUUGCAAGGCUUUUCACCCCACUAGAACCAAUUUUAAUGCCUCUUUGUAAAUUACUUGGUAUUGGUGGAUUGUUCUACAAAAACUCUAUAAGUGAAAGAAUUAUGAGAUCAUUGGUAAAUUCUCCAUUUAGACGUUUCAAUGUUAAGAUUCUAGAAUUAAAUGUUGGUUGGACACCUGAAGAGUAUGAUCCAAAAUUGUAUCCUUUGGUAUUUUCAAGACUUCCAAGAGGUGCUGGUUUAAAUGUGAUUUGGCACUACCUACAAUUAGUUAACAAUGGAGGAGAUCAUUUUAGAAAGUUUGACUACGGUAUUACUGAAAAUUUUAAACGUUACAAAUCGGUUACACCUCCAGAAUACCCAUUGGAAAAUAUGGAGAUUCCAAAUUAUUUUAUAACUAGUAAGGACGAUCAUCUUUGCGAUGUUAAGGAUAAUGAUCUACUGUGGAGUAAGCUUCAAAAUUCAACCAAAAUAUAUGGAAGAAAAAUUACCAGUGGGCUAAAUCAUGCAGACUUCUUUUUUGGAAAACAUCCCGAAGUUAUUGACAGGCAUUUAGGAGAAGGAAACUACGAAAAUUAUACGGUCACCACUAAGGACGGCUAUAUUUUAACUUUGUUUAGAAUUAUAAGAAAAAAUCCCAAAGGCGUUAUUAUGCUUCAGCAUCCAAUUACAGGAGACGGAGUUAUAUGGGUUAGCCAAGGAAAUAGGUCUUUAGGGAAUAUUUUUAGCUUUGAAGAAAUUGGUCUUUACGAUUACCCAGCAUUUGCUGAAAAAAUAUCGGAAGUAUCCAAUAAUACCAAAAUAAUAUUUAUUGGUCAAUCAAUGGCGUGCACAUCUUCAAUAAUAUAUGCUUCUGUUAUGCCUGAACAUGUUAAGAAAUACUUUAAAGUAUUCAUACAAAUGGCUACUCCAGUGUAUUUCAAACACCUUACUACUGUUGCAAAAUAUCUCGCACCACUAGAACAUAUUAUAAGGCCCCUUUUUAAAACACUUGGUAUUGGCGGAUUUUUCUACAAAAACUCCAUAACUGAAGAGUUAGCUCGAUCAAUUGUUUAUUUUCCAUUUAAACGUUUUAUUGUAAUUUUGAUUAGUAUAGUAGCUGGAUGGACACCUCAUGAGUACAAUCCUACCAUGUUUCCUUUGGUUUUUUCGAGAGUUCCAAGAGGUUCCGGUUUAAGUGUAGUUUGGCAUUACGCACAACUAGUUAACAAUGGUGGAGAAUAUUUUAGAAGAUUUGAUUAUGGUAUUACCGAAAAUUUAAUACGUUACAAAUCAGCUACACCUCCUGAAUACCCUUUGGAAAAUAUGGAGAUUCCAAAUUAUUUUAUAACCAGUAAAAACGAUGCUUUUUGUAAUUCAAAGAAUAAUGAUCUACUGUGGAGAGGUUUAGACAAUAAUGUAUGUACGGACUGGAACAGUUAUUAUACCAAACCUAUUUCACCAAAUUGUUACCAUGAUCCCGACGUUUUUGCAAACACACCCGAAGUUAUUGACAGGCAUUUGGGAGAAGGAAACUACGAAAAUUAUACUGUCACCACUAAGGACGGCUACAUUUUAACUUUGUUUAGAAUUGUAAGAAAAAAUCCCAAAGGCGUUAUUAUGCUUCAGCAUCCAAUUAUGGCAGACGGAGUUGUAUGGGUUAGCCCAGGAAAUAGGUCUUUAGCCUUUAUUUUAUGGGAAUUGGGGUAUGAAGUAUGGCUACCCAACCAUAGAGGGACAUACUUUUCAGAAAAGCAUGUAAAUUUAACAGUACAUGAUUUUAAGUACUGGUCAUUUAGCUUUGAAGAAAUUGGUCUUUACGAUUACCCAGCAUUUGCUGAAAAAAUAUCGGAAGUAUCCAAUAAUACCAAAUUAAUAUUUAUUGGCCAUUCAAUGUCGUGCACAUCUUCAAUAAUAUAUGCUUCUGUUAUGCCUAAACAUGUUAAGAAAUACUUUAAAGUAUUCAUACAAAUGGCUUCUCCACCCCUUUUUAAAACACUUGGUAUUGGCGGAUUUUUCACCAAAAACUCCAUAACUGAAUUGAUAGCUAAAUCAAUUGUUUAUUUUCCAUUUAAACGUUUUAUUGUAAUUCUGCUUAGUAUAGCAGAUGGAUGGACACCCUAUGAGUUUAACCCUACAAUGUUUCCUUUGUUUCUUUCGAGAAGUCCAAGAGGUUCCGGUUUAAAUGUAGUUUGGCACUACGCACAACUAGUUAACAAUGGUGGAGAAUAUUUUAGAAGGUUUGAUUAUGGUAUCGCCGAAAAUUUAAUACGUUACAAAUCAGCUACACCUCCUGAAUACCCUUUGGAAAAUAUGGAGAUCCCAAAUUAUUUUAUAACAAGUAAAAACGAUGCUUUUUGUAAUCCAAAGGAUAAUGAUCUACUGUGGAGUAAGCUUCAAACUUCAACCAAAAUUUAUGGAAGAAAAAUUACACGUGGGCUUAAUCAUGUCGACUUUCAUGUGGGAAAACAUGUGUAUGAAAAUGCUUAUAAAUAUAUUAUUAAGUUAUUAAAUAAAUUGUAAAUGUCUCAAAUUAUAUUAACAACUUGAUUAAUACUAAAUACUAAGUAUACUGUAAAGCUGUGA